CAGCACCUCAGCCAGCUACCCGAUGACCUUUUAGAAUUAACUGAGUUGGAGGCUUUGGAGUUAGAGAAUAAUAAAUACAUCAAACUCUCUGACAAUCUUAUCGGAUUGACCAAUCUGAAAGUGUUGAGUUUAGAUGAAUGUAAUCUUGACACAGUUCCAACUGCCGUCAUGAAGCUUGAGCAGUUGGAAGUACUGUAUCUCAGUUACAACAAGAACAUCACCCUGCCGGAUGAGAUGUGUAGUCUAGUUAACCUAUCUUUACUGGACCUGGGGAACUGCGACCUUAAGACAGUUCCUGCUUCCGUGACGAAACUUUCACAGUUGAAUGAAUUGAGCCUCUGGUACAACAAGGAGAUCAAACUGCCGGAUGAGAUGUCCAGUCUAGUUAAUCUUACCCACCUGGACUUAGAUAACUGUGACCUGGACACGUUACCGCCUGUUGUUCUGAAACUGUCAAACCUACAGGAGCUGGAUCUAAGUGGUAAUCAGAUCUCCCUGCCAGAUGAGUUGUACAAGCUACAGAAUAUAAAAGUAUUGGGACUAUGUGAUUGUAACUUGGCGACGGUUCCGCCGGUAGUACUGAAACUCACCCAGCUGGAGGAACUGGACCUCAGCCGGAACAGCGGGAUCCACCUGCCGGAUGAGCUGUCCGGACUCACCAACAUCCGGGUACUGAAACUAGGGGAAACAGGCAUGGUCACAGUUCCUCCGGUAGUGUGGACAUUGACAAAAUUAGAGUGGCUGGACUUGGACUCUAACCCAUUACAGACAUUACCGGCGGGAAUUGGACAGAUAACAAGCAUCAAACACUUGGAUCUGUUCGACUGCAAGCUGCGCACGCUCCCAUCUGAAAUAUGGAGGCUGACACAGUUAGAAUGGCUGGACCUGAGCUCUAACGCGCUACAGACGUUACCCAUGGAAAUCGGAAAGCUCACCAACAUUAAACACUUGGAUCUGUCUAACUGCAAACUGCGCACACUCCCAUCUGAAGUGGGGAGACUGGCACAGUUAGAAUGGCUGGACCUGAGCUCUAACGCGCUACAGACGUUACCCAUGGAAAUCGGAAAGCUCACCAACAUUAAACACUUGGAUCUGUCAAAAAGCGAGCUGCACACACUCCCACCCGAAAUGUGGAGACUGACACAGUUAGAAUGGCUGGACCUGAGCUCUAACGCGCUACAGACGUUACCCGCGGAAAUCGGACAACUCACCAACAUUGAACACUUGGAUCUGUCUGAAUGCGAACUGCGCACACUCCCAUCUGAAGUGUGGAGACUGACACAGUUAGAAUGGCUGAACCCGAGCUCUAACCCACUACAGACGUUACCCGCGGAAAUCGGACAACUCACCAACAUUGAACACCUGGAUCUGUCUAACUGCGAGCUGCGCACACUCCCACCCGAAAUGUGGAGACUGACACAGUUAGAAUGGCUAAACCUGAGCUCUAACCCACUACAGACGUUACCCGCGGAAAUCGGAAAGCUCACCAACGUUAAACACUUGACGCUGUCAAAAUGCGAGCUGCACACACUCCCACCUGAAGUGUGGAGACUGACACAGUUAGAAUGGCUGAACCCGAGCUCUAACCCACUACAGACGUUACCCGCGGAAAUCGGACAACUCACAAACAUUGAACACCUGGAUCUGUCAAACUGCGAACUGCGCACACUCCCACCCGAAAUGUUGAGACUGACACAGUUAGAAUGGCUGGACCUGAGCUCUGUCCCGCUACAGACGUUACCUGCGGAAAUCGGACAGAUCACUAACGUCAAACACUUGGAUCUGUCUAAAUGCAAACUGCGCACACUCCCACCUGAAUUGUGGAGACUGACACAGUUAGAAUGGCUGAACCUGAGCUCUAACCCACUACAGACGUUACCCGCGGAAAUCGGACAACUCACCAACAUUAAACACCUGGAUCUGUCUAACUGCGAACUGCGCACACUCCCAUCUGAAGUGGGGAGACUGACACAGUUAGAAUGGCUGGACCUGAGAUCUAACCCACUCCAGAAGUUACCCGCGGAAAUCGGACAACUCACCAACAUGAAACACUUGGAUCUGGAUAACUGCGAACUGCGCACACUCCCAUCUGAAGUGGGGAGACUGACACAGUUAGAAAGGCUGGACCUGAGCUCUAACCCACUCCAGAAGUUACCCGCGGAAAUCGGACAACUCACCAACAUGAAACACUUGGAUCUGGAUAACUGCGAACUGCGCACACUCCCAUCUGAAGUGGGAAGACUGACACAGUUAGGACGGCUGGACCUGAGAUCUAACCCACUCCAGAAGUUACCCGCGGAAAUCGGACAACUCACCAACAUUAAACACUUGGAUCUGGAUAACUGCGAACUGCGCACACUCCCAUCUGAAGUGGGGAGACUGACACAGUUAGGACGGCUGGACCUGAGUUUGAAUUCACUUGACGCUUUACCUGUGGAAAUUGCACAGCUUACAAACGUAUCUUACAUUGACGUCAGUCGAAACCCACUCAUAAAACCACCAGCUGAAGUUUGUCGCCAGGGGAUCAAUGCAAUCAGACUGUACUUCGACGAACUUGAACACUCAGAGGAAGAAGUAUCCGCUCGUUUGAAAGUUGUAGUUUUAGGAAAGAAGAUGGCGGGAAAAACAAGUUUGGUACAAACGCUAAACAGGGGCCAGUCCAGCCUGACAGAAAAUGAGGACCGCACACACUGUGUAGAGAUAACUCAGUGGGCACCUGAAGACAAUAUCACUUUUGAAGUGUACGACUUUGGUGGACAUGACGUGUACCAUCUCACUCAUCAGUUCUUCUUGACACAAAGCGCCCUGAAUCUACUGACAGUAAAUCUUCAUGAAUACAGGUGUACUGAACAGAGUUACACGGAAGCUGUGGGGUUUUGGUUGGACACACUGAACGCCCGCGUGCCGGGGGCGGUGGUUACAUUAGUGUGUAGUAAGACGGACAUGUGCAGCGAUACAGAAAUAGAGGAGAAAACCAGGGACAUUCAAGUAAGAUUCUCACAGCAACAUGACUUGUGGAAACGUACCAUACAACAACAAAUGAAGAAGUUGGAAAGUAACAGGGCGACCAAUGAAGGGACCGAUCAGGGGGAAAUAGAACGACAGUUAGAACGUACCCGGGAUCUCCUGACACGCCCGCUGCGGCUCACAGGUGCGUACUGCGUCAGUUCGGCAGAACCAACAUCUGGUUUAGACAAACUAAAGAGUCACAUACUGAAAACAGCAAAUAAUACAUCACUGUUUCCAUCACUCCGAAGGAUCCUCCCGCGGACAUGGGUGGAGUUUGAUCAGCACCUGCGCGACAUGCGUGGCAAUGGUACUGAGGAAUAUCAAUCUGCAAGAUCAACUUCUCAAGUUGGCCCCGUUCAGAGUAUCAAGUCUAAAUGGCUCACGCGGGAAGAAUGUCUUCAGCAAGGGCAGCUGGCAGGUCUCACGGCAGACAGACUAGAGCCAGUCCUAUCUUACCUGCAGCAGGUGGGAACCAUCCUCAGGUACACGGACAUACCGGAACUCAAGGAUCUAGUAUUUCAUGAUCCAUCAGGAUUGAUAGACGUCAUGAAAGAGCUGUUUCAUCACGACCUGAAGAAGGUUUUUACCAAAAAAAAUCCACGUCUCAAGGGCUUCUCGAAUACAUACCUGAAAAAGAUUCAGAAAAACCUGUGGAGCCAAGGCUUUCUGCCGAGAGAAGUGGUUAUCGCCUUGUUAGGACCACACGCCACACCAGUAGGAAACGUGGAUGUGAUCACUAAACUGAUGGAACAUUUUGGCUUGUGCUACACGGAAUGGUCAGAUGAACAGAACGGAGAGACCUCAAUACGAGUUGGAUACUACAUCCCAUGGUACAUAAAGGAGGAAAGACCCGGGACCAUUAACAGGAAUGUCACAGGGCAGGAAUUUAUUGUAACGUGUGAGAUUGCCCAUUUUUGCCCACGGGGAUUGUUUGAGCGAUUGAGCGUUGUUAUCAACAAACUGAUCAAGUCCCGACAGGACUGGAAAGACUUAGUCAAGGCUGUGACAGAUAGUUUCCCCGUGAUUGUUUACCGCGAGAAGAAAGACGAACAUGUCAACAUUGUAGUGAGGCUCAUUGUUCCAGCCCAAGCAGUCCAGGGAACACAAGUAAUUUGGCACGUCAUCGGACCUCUGAAAGACAAACUAUCUACACUUCUGAAGGAGUGGCCCGGACUGCUCUACCGCCUGGUGUAUUCCACGUUUACUCAGCAAGCUAAACAUAAAGGGGACCAGCAGACCUUGUCAGUCGCGUCCAUCAUCCCCACGUUUGAAGUAGGACCGCUGGGCUGUACUGUUCAGCACGGCGGUGUGACGUUGGAGUUUCCCGCAGGCUGUGUUAGAGACACACGGUUCAUCUCUGUCGAGGUUGAAGCCGUGCCAGUUACCGAGGACGUCCGGAGCAACUUCACGGCCAUGUCCGCCGUCCUGACUGUGGAGCAGGACUUCCCACAGCGGUUCCUCCGGCCCGUCACCGUCAGGCUGUCCUGGGCAUGGACUCAAUCAGUGGUGGGGAAGGAAACAACAACAGUGGUUCUACACUACGGCCGAGACGACGAAUGGACGUUCUUCCAAACAGACGCUCACCAGGAGGAUGGUGGUAUCAUGUUUCAGACUGAUCACUUUCAAAGCUAUUGGGUGCUGGAAGUUCUUCGGCACCGCAGCAAAGACAUUAUUAGCUGGGUACAGCGGACUUGGAGUGACUACAUUGAAGAUAAAUCCUACAUCAUCGUCACACCACUGGAGACAGAAAGACUUUUGCACCUCAUCUGUUUGUACAAAUCUGACAACUUGACUGACUUGUUCGAAUCGCCAGGCGUAAGAUUUGACUCUCGAACAAAGCGGAGGGUCACCUUGAAACAGGGUCAGUGGGUCGAAGCAACUUUCUGUCAACAUGAAGACGUCGAUAUUCAUCCCCUGGACCUUCCUAUUCACCUAUCUCCGGAUCCACCGACAACUCGGACGGUAAGGCUGGUGGUGCGGGAAUCAGUGCCGAUAAAGGAUGUUUACAACGGGAAAGUCGAGUUUGUAACCAAAGGAUCAUCCAACCUGGACAGUAAGGGAGGGAGGCAACAGUUCGAAGCAUUUGUGCAGCUGCAGCAGCGGCAACAAGUGGUGAUAACAGAGGCGUCUGAGAAAGAAAAUGAGCGUCCGGACUUGUUCGAACGUCAUGAGAACACAGAGUUGAGUGAGCGCACUCAAUCAUAUGAACAGCAUCAGGCGAGACCAGACCAGCCUCCGCCCAGGAUACGACGACACACUUCUGUUAUUCCAAGCUCCCUUGCCAUUUCAUUGAUUGUCGUGAUAUUUGGCGUUCUGUGCCAGUUCUACUUUGGGGUCCACAUAACCGGCUUCUUUGGACUUCCGGGCGGCAUAAAGGAAGCUGGCGUUCAACACACGUCGUAUUCUGGCAAGCCUGUUGUGCUACUUGUCAAUGAUGAAUAUGGUACUUCUAAGGGUGGAAUCUCCACAAUAAAUCGCCAGUUGGCAAAAUUAAUAAGUUCGUCAGGAGGGGAGGUUCUUUGUACUGUUUUAAAUACCUCCGAAGAGGACACAUCUGAUGCAAAGGUUGAUGGAGUGGAGUUGGUACUUCCAACAAGCUUUAAAACGGACAGAAGACAACCGACUCUUGACUGGCUCACAUUCGACCAUAGGACUCGAUAUCCGAACCUUCCACCAGAUAUAACGCACAUCAUAGGCCAUGCUAGUAUCACUGGCAGAGCGGCAAGAAACAUCAGAGAACAGCGAUACCCUGCCGCCAAGUUGAUACUCUUCAACCACGUCAUCCCAGAAGACACAGAACACUACAAGAGCGAGAGUAGAGUACUGGGCAUCGAAGAGAAAAUCGACUUGAUCCGGACAGACACGGAACAUGCCGAUGUCGUAUUUUCAGUUGGCCCGAACCUGUAUGAUUACUACAAAAACGAGAUCAGAGUUUCAAAGCCACAUUACGAGUUCCUUCCUAGUCCGUUUGACAUCUUUAGCCAGAUGAAUCCGACCUAUGUCGAAACAGAAACCAAAGUGGUGUUGUCCAUAGGUAGGGUAAAGGGUGCCGAGAGACUGAAAGGCUACGAUCUUGCCGCGAAGGCCAUGAGUAUGGUAAUAGGCAGAUUCCCUAAGGCAAGAUGGCGAGUCCGAGGUGUCAGCGCUGAGGACUUCCCAGAAAGUAAGGAAAUAAUCGAAGCAAACAUUGCGAAGGGUACUUUUCACUUCACUCCUCUGAAGUACGGCACACAGAAACAGCUGAGCAGAGACUUCAAAGAGGCUCAUGUCGUCCUGAUGCCGUCACGCGCAGAGCCCUUCGGACUGGUCGGUCUGGAGGCCAUCGCGGCAGGUGUGCCAACAAUCGUUUCCGACCAAUCAGGGCUUGCAAAGUUCCUGAAGGCUCAAGAUGACGUCAUAUUUGACCGUCCGAUUGUAAAAAUCAAAGGGAACGAUGAGGAAGACGCUAUAAGACUGGCCAACCGCAUCGUGGAGAUACUGGAGAAUGGAAGUAAGGAGUUUAAGGCUGCCAAAGAACUCAAACAGAAACUACUGGCGUCAAAGUACUGGGAAGAGUCGCACAGAAAGUUCCUUGAAGAAUGCGGCAUUCAGAAGUGACAAUAU